UUCAAGUCGACGCUCGAUUUGAAUUUGUGAAAUAACCUAAACACGAUCAAAACAACAAGUGAUUUUAAAAACGGUGUAUACCUCAAUUCCUCAGAAUGUCACACUUGAUGCCCCGGCGAACCAGCGAGUUCCGCGGUGAUGUGCUGGAAGGCACCGCUGAUAAACGGCAGACCAGGGCAGGCAAACGCAGUGCUGCCACACACACCCCGCUGUCCAAUCAGGCAACGACCAGGAGAACAUCCGCAUCGCGACUGCCGCAGCCGCUGAACUUGGAGCGCGAUCGCGCUAGUCAAAUGGGCGUGACACCCAAGCGAGUCCAUCGCUUUCUGCCCUCCACCGCGGAACGCGCUGUUCCCCUGCAUUCCGAUAAGAAAUGGGUGGCGGAACGGGCACAGCAGAUACUGGAGUACCUGAACUCCGUCGAUCACAGCGAAGCGCCCACGGGUAUCAUCUCUGAUUUGUUUAGCCGGCCCGGAGGCCUGCGGCACAUGACCAUCAAACAGUUCGUGGCCAUUCUCAACUUUCUGUUCCACAACAUAUGGCGGAAUCGCCCGACCGUCGGUCAGAACCACGUCGAGGAUAUCACCAGUGCAAUGCAAAAGCUGCAGUAUCCAUAUCAGGUUAACAAAUCCUGGCUAGUAUCACCAACCACACAGCACUCCUUCGGCCAUGUGAUCGUCCUUCUCGAUUUCCUCAUGGACUUUGCACCACCGCUGUCUUCCUCGGAUGAGCUCGAGGAAGAGUUUCCGUUCAUGGAGACCACGGAGCAGCCCAGCUCGUAUCUGAACAGCAUGCACUGCGAAUCGAUGGCCGUCAUGUCCACCACGCAAAUGCCGCCCGUUCAGCUGGACGAGGCGGUCAACGCACUGCUCUUUAUCGAAUCUAGCAAAUGCAUAGCCCUGUGGGAUCAGGAGCUGGCCAACGAGGAGGCCAAGCUGCAGGCGAUGACCAGCGAUAAGGUGAUCAACAAAAAAUGCAAUCUGCCCGAUCGCCAGGCCCUAAAUAAGGAGAUUGGCAACCUGAAGGCCAAGCUGCAGCAGCUGGAGAAGCUGGAGAAACUAAACAAGGAGCGCGAUCAACUGGCACAGCAGCUGACUGCCACUCAGGCGGAGCUGAAUCAGAAACUGAAGCAAUCCGAUCAGCUUUUCAUCAAGACCGAGGCAAAGCAGGCCGAGAUCAAGGAGCUGAGAAAGUACGAGCAGCGUCUCGAGCAGACUGUCAAUAGUCAACAGUACUCCGUUCAGCAGUUGAAAACUCUACAAAUGAAGUGCAGCGAUAUGGAGAACUACGCCAAGGCCUACAACCGCCAGGUGAAGGAGGUCUCCGAGCUGGAACUCCAUCAGCAGGUGAUGCUGUCGCGGGCCAAGCAAAAGCAACUGGACGCCGUCGAGGUCUUCAACUCGCAGGUCCGUCAACUGAGCAUGGACUCGGCCAUUCGCGUCCUGAUGAAGGACAGCGGUGGCCAGCAGUUGGACCUCACUCUGCCACUGAAUCCCACACAGAAGGACAUUGCCGAGCGCGUUCAGUGCCUGAAACUGCUGGGCAAUCUGCUCCAGGAGCAGUGUCAACAGCAGCGCCAGCAAAACCUCGAGCGGCGCCAAAAGCUGGAGCGGCAGAAGGCCAAACUGGACAGCGAUACCAUUGAGUUGGACACGGAGAUUGCCAGCUUGGAGUCGCAAUUGCGAGCACAGAAGCAUCGCUUUGCGAACCUGGAGGAAGGGUAUCGCACCAAGCGCGAGAUGAAGCUGCAGCACCUCCAGCAGUUGAUCGAGGACCAGUACGCCCAGGUUGCCCAACUCCAGGAGCUGGAGAGACGGCAUGAUCAGGCGGAGGAGCAGUUCAAGGCCAACGAGCAGAGGAACGAAGAUCUGCUCACCGCUGCCGAAAAGUAUCAGCAGCAGGAUCACCAGGCGCGCUGUGCCCGCCUCGACGACUACGAGAAGACGCUGGCCGAGGCGACCCAGAAGCUGCAGCUCUUCGAAGCCAGGCUCGCCGCCAGUCGGGCCGCGUUGGCAGACUCCGAGCAGCUGGUGGAAGCCACCCAGCCGCCCUCGUUUGAGCCGGUGCUGGAGGCUAUUGAAAAGCGCGUUGAUUAGUUUUAUUUUAUGAAGAUAUGAUCAUUUGUAUAUUUAUAUUCACCAAGGAGAUUUCCUAUUUCAUGGUUCACCUCAUUCUAAAAAUGAUAUUGUAAGCAGGACUUUCUUGUCACUGUCUUGAGCCAGUUUUAAAUUUGUUAAAUAAUGUUAUAAAAUUUAAAAUAAUAGUUUAUUUAAAGUGCAUUCAUUGAAUUAUGUGUAAAUGUAAUUUUGAAAUUAAACAUUUAACACAGUUCAACAGAAAACAACCAGCCAAACACAUUAAAAAACAUUUCAGUUUAUUUAA